AUGAGCCAGCCUAAACAGCUUCCGCCCUUUCCCAACAGCUAUGCCACCAAAAAGGUCGCCGACUCGGAUGCAAAACCAUGCACGAUCUGCUACAAACCAGCUACUACGGUCUUGCUAAACGACAACAAGAUGGACUUCUUCUACACAUGCGAUUUGCAUCUACAAGACGAGCAUUUCGCCACGCCAUUGCCCAAUGAGGAGCAUGCUGAACUCGUUAAGUCACGCGAGGAGUUGGAAAAGAACUUGACAGACUUAAAGACAAAAAUGGAUGCAGUAAAGCCAUACAUCUGGAACAACACAGAUACCAAGACACUGACAAAUGAUAAGGAUGACAAAAAAGAUAGUGAAAAAUCCGCAAAUAAGUCCAAUAAUGAAAAGUUCAAGGAGUACGAGACUGAAAUCCGCGAUAAAACGAUCAAGCUAUCAGAAACCAACAUCAAGAUCUCGCAAUUCAAGUUCAAAGCCUACAAACUAAAUCAAGACGUAUACAGGGGUAGAAUUCAGAAUUAUAUUAAGGCCAAGAUGAACCAAGCACGUACCCAGAAGAUCCAGCUGGACCCGACGUUUUUCCCAACUGUUCCGUCGAAUAAGUUGGAAUAA